AUGGAGGACCAAUCGAACUACGGAAUCUCCAACGCCGCCUCUCCUGGCAGCAACCCAAUCCUUUCGCAACCGCCUCUGCAACCUGUUGCGUCCGCGGCAGGUGACGCAGCUGAAGACGUCCAGAUGACCGAGGGCUCUAUCGCCGAACCCGAUAUAAAGCAGGACAGAGCAACACCUGCACCAGGUGUCGCGUCUGACAACCCCUUAGAUGCCCCCGAUGGGCCCGCGCCUGAGGCUACCCAGGACGAAGAAAUGGGUGGUUCUCGCGACGAAACUAAAGAUGGCCAGGCUGUGGCGAAGGAUGGCGACGACGCUGCUACCGGCAAUGAUGUUGACGGGCAAGAUUCUAAGACCAAGGAGACCCUUGAAUCCGCAGCUCGGGAGCAUCUCAUCUCGCAAACGCACGCCAUAGUCCUGCCGAGCUAUAGUACCUGGUUUGACAUGAACACCAUCAACGACAUUGAGCGUAAGGCCAUGUCUGAGUUCUUCAACAGUCGCAAUCGCAGCAAGACCCCUGCCGUCUACAAGGACUACCGCGACUUCAUGAUCAAUACUUAUAGACUGAACCCUGUGGAAUACCUCACUGUCACGGCCUGCCGGCGUAACUUAGCUGGAGAUGUUUGCGCCAUCAUGCGCGUUCACUCCUUCCUUGAGCAAUGGGGAUUGAUCAACUACCAGGUCGAUGCGGAGCAACGACCUUCGCACGUUGGCCCUCCCUUCACUGGUCACUUCAAGAUCAUCUGCGACACACCCCGUGGUCUACAGCCCUGGCAACCAUCUGCCGAUGCUGUCGUUUCGACUGGGAAGCCAAACGCCGACACCGAAAAGAAGGCUACAGCAACUCCUAUUGCCAAGGGCGAUCUCAACUUGGAAGUCAGCCGGAACAUUUACGAGGCAAGCGCCAAGGGAACGAAGCUCAACAAAACGGAGCCUAAGACCAAUGGCGAAACACCUGUGACUAAUGGCAUCUCGGGUGUUGAAGAGGCUACGAAGACGCCCAUUGUCAAGGUCAACUGCCACACCUGCGGCAUCGACUGCACCAGGUUAUAUUAUCACAGCUCGCAGGCCGAUCCUAACUCUAAGACCAAGUAUGAUGUCUGCCCAAGCUGCUAUCUCGAGGGCCAUCUUCCCGGAAACCAGACCAGCGCUCAGUUUACCCGCAUGGAGAAUCCCACCUAUACAACUGUCCUCGAUCGCGACGCGCCCUGGAGCGAUGCUGAAAUCCUACGGCUACUUGAGGGCAUCGAGAGGAUGGAUGACGAUUGGAAUGAGAUUGCGGACCACGUUGGCACCCGAACGCGCGAGGAGUGCGUCUUGCAGUUCCUGUCUCUGGAUAUCGAGGGCAAGUACGCGGACUCAGACCUCGCCGUGAAUGCCCCAACCGGCCUUGCGAUGCUCGGACAGCAGGGCGGUCAUCUGCCUUUCAGUCAGGCGGACAACCCCGUCAUGUCCGUUGUCGGCUUCCUCGCAGGUCUCGCAGACCCUGCCAGCACGGCUGCAGCAGCUAAUAAGUCAGCGGAGGAGCUAAAGCGCAAGCUUCGUAGGAGACUCGAGGGCGAUAGCUCUGAGGAGCAGGCCGCCACCAAUGGCAAGGGCAAGGAUAAGGAUGGUGACUCUAUGGAUAUUGAUAUCCGACAAGACGUCACGACCACGACCACGACCACGACAACAACGACGACUUUAGCGACUAUUCCUAUGGCCACGAUGGGUGCUCGCGCUGCUGGCCUUGUAUCACACGAGGAGCGUGAAAUGACGCGGCUAGUCUCUGCUGCAGCAAACCUUACGUUGCAGAAGCUGGAGCUGAAAUUAAAGUACUUCAACGAGAUGGAAGCUAUCCUUCAGGCAGAGCGGAGAGAGCUCGAGCGCGGCCGGCAACAACUGUUCCUGGACCGUCUUGCAUUCAAGCGCCGUGUCCGAGAGGUGCAGGAUUCACUGAAGACAGCCGUCGAAACUGGUGGGGAUCAAGGCCUGAAGCUGGCGCAAGAUGUGAUGACAGAUGGUGCCAACCUCACAUUCCAGGCAGCGCCUGGGCCCGGGGCGGUGCAGCCACUGAGCAGUGAAGGACAGAUCAAGAGCUUCGAGGCCUAA